GCACCGGGGCGUCUCCCUUCCGCCUUGCCCCCGAGGGUUGCUUUGCCCGGCUCGGCCGGGAAGGGGCGGAAGUACGUGCCGCGCCCUUCGGCAUGCAAUUGGCCCGGUUCCUCUGCAGUGUGUUUUUCUACCCCUCUUUUUCGGCUUCCGCCCAACCCCGAAGCCCAGCACGAGGGGGUGGCGCGGCCUCCGGGAAGCGCAGCCGUCCUCCCACCGCGGGCUCGGCGGUAAAACGGAUCCGGUUAAGGCGCCCAGGUGGCUUUUCCACCGGCCCCGGCGCUUGUGGAAAGCGAAAGGCGCUCGGCAAGGCAUGGCCGCUAGACCGGGCAGCGUUUGCACAAGUAAAAAGGUUGUAUGGCUAA